GAGCAGGCAGGGCGGUCGGGGAACCAUGGGUGAGAGCGCACUGGAGGCCGGGCCUGUGCCCGGGGAGCCGGGGAAGGGUCCCGUGCAUGCCGUGACGGUGGUGACCCUGCUGGAGAAGCUGGCCACCAUGCUGGAGUCCCUGCGGGAGCGGCAGGGUGGCCUGGCUCAGCGACAGGGCGGCCUGGCAGGCUCGGUGCGCCGCAUCCAGAGCGGCCUGGGCGCGCUGAGUCGCAGCCACGACACUACCAGCAACACGCUGGCGCAGCUGCUGGCCAAGGCGGAGCGCGUGGGCUCGCACGCCGACGCCGCCCAGGAGCGCGCGGUGCGCCGCGCCGCCCAGGUGCAGCGGCUGGAGGCCAACCACGGGCUGCUGGUGGCGCGCGGGAAGCUCCACGUUCUGCUCUUCAAGGAGGAGGCUGAAAUCCCAGCCAGUGCCUUCCAGAAGGCGCCAGAGCCCUUGGCCCUGGCCGACCAGUCCGAGCCGGGCGCAGAGCAACCAGAGGCCGAAGUUGGCGAGAGUUCGGACGAGGAGCCGGUGGAGUCCCGGGCUCAGCGGCUUCGGCGCACUGGGUUGGAGAAGGUACAGAGCCUGAAAAGGGCCUUUUCGGGUCGGAAAGGGCCUGCAGCGCCAGCAGCCACGCCGGUCAAGCCACCCCGCCUCGCGCCUGGCCGCAGUGCUGCAAGCCAGCCCGAAGCUGCGCCAGCGCUCGAGCCGGCUUCGGAGCCAGAACCUCCGAAGGACACCGAGGGAGAGCCCGAGAGACCUGGGGCUGCCGAAGUGGCCCAGCUCCAAAUCGAAAGUGCGGCCUGAUGGCUGGGGCUGCCUGCCCGCCCCGUGUCUGUGUCUUGGCGCAAAAUAGAUUCUUUUAACAUGCUGCACUCAUACCCAAAUAAGGAGUGAAUCCUGUACCCGCAGCCGCACUGGCCUCCUUCACUGCCUCUCUCACCCCAGGACCCUGUGUCCUCCAAGAAAGG